AUGGAAUCCAAAACCUUAAACGGCGUCGUUGCGUCAGUGUCGUCGAAUCACGACUCAACCGAAACAGCAUCAUCACCACCACCACCACCACCACCAUCAGAAUUCGAGAAGAACCAGAAACAAUAUCAAGAACUCAUCGCUACGCUUCCUAACGAAAACGGCUGGCGACAAAAAGAGCCGUUCGUCGAAUACGGUGGUCACUGGUGGCUACAACCUCUCCUCGAAGGUCUACUCCACGCGCAGAGCUUCUUCAAAGCACGACCCAACGACUUCUUCGUCUGCAGCUACCCGAAAACCGGCACCACUUGGCUCAAAGCCUUAACCUUCGCGAUCGCAAACCGGUCAAAGUUCGACGACUCCACAAACCCUCUUCUCAAACGCAACCCACACGAGUUCGUGCCUUACAUCGAGAUCGACUUCCCGUUUUUCCCAAGCGUCGAUGUCCUCAACGACGAAGGAAACACGCUCUUCUCCACUCACAUCCCUUACGAUCUCUUACCCGAAUCAGUCGUGAAAUCCGACUGCAAGAUGGUUUACAUCUGGAGAGACCCAAAGGACACGUUUGUCUCCAUGUGGACUUUCGCUCACAAGGAGAGAUCACAACAAGGAGCUCUCGUUACCCUCGAGGAAGCUUUUGACAAUUACUGUCAAGGUUUGUCUGUGUACGGUCCUUAUCUCGACCAUGUUUUAGGGUAUUGGAAGGCUCACGAAGCAAACCCAAACCAGAUUCUGUUUCUCAAGUACGAGACGAUGAGAGCUGAUCCGUUGCCGUACGUGAAGAGAUUAGCUGAGUUUAUGGGAUACGGAUUCACGGAGGAGGAGGAGGAAGAAAAGGUUGUUGAGAAAGUUGUGAAGCUUUGUAGCUUUGAGAAUCUGAAGAAUCUUGAAGCUAAUAAAGGUGAGAAAGAUAGAGAAGACCGUCCUGCUGUUUAUGCAAACAGUGCUUACUUCAGGAAAGGGAAAGUUGGGGAUUGGGAGAAUUAUCUGACGACGGAGAUGGUGGCUCGGAUUGAUGGAUUGAUGGAGGAGAAGUUUAAAGGAACUAGUUUUCUUUCUUCGACAACAUGA